AUGCAAGACAAAACUAUUUCACUGAGGUGGCUGGGAAAGCAUGCCACGCAGUCAAAAGAACAGUUAAAAAUAGAUCCAAUCAAGAACUUACCCCUUAUGGAAAGUUCAGUUGAGAUAAAAAAGAACAAAAAAUAUAGUAGAGAUAGUGUAGGGUGCAUCUCCAGGCCGACCCGGGUACUACAGAUUUGGUACCCAGAAGUACAGAAUGGCAGGGCAGACCCGAUCUGCCUGUGCUUCUUGUGUGAUGAAGAGAGUGUCUGCAGUAUGUGUAAUUGUGCGUCUGGCUGCGAGGAUCCAGAAGAGAAGACUGGGGAAGUGUCUUUUGUGAAUGCAAAGAAAGAGUGCAUUGAAGAAAGUCUGCACAUGGAAAACAAAAUUGAUGCAUUCACCAGGAAGGAGACAUCUGCCCAUAGGAAUUAUCGAUUUGAUUUCUGUCAGAAGUGCAUGUACUUAAAGAGCUGGCCUAUUAUUUCUAUUGAGGAAAGAAUGUGCACUGCAAAGUUUAUUACAGUAGGGCAGGCACUUGCCUUCUAUCAGGCCCAUAAAUAUAUUCUACUAAUGUCCUUUGGGGAUGACAUAAGGAUGCCUAUUCUGCAUCCAGCCCCUAGUGUGAAUUUAUUGCUGGGUGUCCUUGACAUGGCCUUCUCUGCACAGAAAAUGAACAUAGAAGAGACUGAAUUUGAGUGCACGGGUGAAGAGCGCAUGAAAAGAGAGAUUCGGAUGAAAUCUGGAGUGGGGAAUUUUGUUGAGCCAUGCAAGUCACUUGACUUCAUAGGGAUGGCAAGUGGAAGGAACUCAAAUAUUGUCCUGCAGGAGAGAAUUAGGGAGAUGACGCAGGAGGGUCUUUUGCAAUGCAUAUCCACACUCACUGCGCAGGAGUUUGUCUACUUGGCAAAGCACAAAUAUGGGACGUAUGUGAUUCAGCUGAUUAUUAGCCAGAUCAAGGAAAUUCUGUUGGUGGAGGAGGUGAAGAAGCAUAUGGCGCCAUAUUCAACAAGCCUGCUGCAGCAUGAGAUAGGAAACUAUGUGAUCCAGAAGAUAAUCAAUUAUGAUGUGAAGUUUGUGUUUGACUGCUUCAUGAAGGACUUCAAGCAAAUUGCAAGCAGCAAAAUAGGCUCGCGUGCCUUUAAAGGCUGCAUAAAGCACUUUCACCUACAAAGAAAGGAGAUCAUACAUGUGCUCUCUUCUGAGUUUCUUGAGUCACUUCCCUUUGAGGAGCAGAAGGUGAUUCGCACAGCACUAAAGGAGAUUCUGUUUGUAAAUAACAAAGGAAAUUAA